AUGUCGGAUCAACCUUUAAUCCUUAUCACCGCUGCCACAGGCACGCAGUCAUCAUCCCUCCUCCGCACCCUCUCAGCCUGGUCCUCGUCGACGUCCACGUCCAUCACUAUUAAUGCCACGACUCGCACGCCUCACUCCCCAGCCGCCCAAUCUCUCCUGACCCACGCCCACACCAACUGCAACAUUAAACUCUUCGAGACCGACUUCGAGGACCCCACCACCCUGACCGGCCCCACCAAAUCAGUAACCCACGUCUUCCUCAAUGCCACCCCCGUUCUCAACGACGUAACGGCCGAAUCCCGCCAACUACACAACGUGCUGACGGCCCUACGCGCGAACGCAGCCACCACACUCCGCCGUCUCGUCUACACGACCGCCUCCUCGGUCCGCGACCCCUCGGACCCAAACUCCUUCGCCCCGUCCUCACUCGACCAACACCCCUGGAUGAAAGCCUACUACACGUCCAAAUACGGCGUCGAGCGCGCCGUCGCCCAGCUCGCCACCGACCUCCACUGCAACUACACUCUGCUACGUCCCGCCGGCUUCCUCACCAACCUCUUCACCCCCUGGAUGUACCCCUUACUCGCCACCGAGCGCCGCAUCGUCACCGCCCUGCACGCCGACUACGCCAACUCGUGGCUGGACCCCACGGACAUCGGCCAAUUCGCCGCCGAGGCCCUGCUGACGCUGCCGGACACCGAUCCCAAAUACCAGGACAAGUACCGCAGCCAGAUCGUGCCGAUCGCGCAAACGACGCGGACGCUCGGCCAGAUCGUGGACGCGCUGAACGCGCAGCUGCGCGCCGACUCCAAAGUGCCGGCGGGCGUGCAGGUCGAAUUGCAACACUUGAGCGACGAGGAGGCGGCGGCGCAGGGGAAGACGAACCCGUAUCUGGCGAGUCAGGGGUUUCAGAACGCCAACAAGGGGAUCUAUGCGUUGGAUUUGAAGGCGAUUGAGGCGUAUGGGCUGGAGAUGUGUACGGUGGAAGAUUUCUUUGCCAGGAACGCCGAUCGCGUGCGUCGGGCGGUGGGGCUUGAGUGA